AUGUGGACGUCUACCGAUAGCCCCUGUCCGUCUUAUUUUAAGGAUUAUCAGUAUGCAGGUUUGUCUGUAACAUGCUUAUUAUUACGUCAGGACCCGAAGUGCUGUAUCGAUUCUCUUAUCUCCCACGAAAACGAAAUACGCAAUAAUUCCAAACUUAUGGAAAAGUAUCACACAAUGAGACUAACCCUAUGGGAUUUUUUGGGUGGGGAAGUGUUCGCAAAUGAGGGAACUCUUUUCCAAAUAUUUUGUAAAAUUCAAAUUAAUGGCUUCAUGAUUACUGAUCCAAACGGUGUGGAUGUUGGACCCGCGCUUUUUCUCAAAGCCGCUCGUCUGGAUCAUUCUUGUGUUCCUGAGUUGCAGUAUGUAUUUUCAAAUCGUCAAAUUAUUCUGUGUAGAUACGCUUCAUCUGUAUGUUCGGCGUCACCCCACAUUAGUUACUGUGAUUGUAUGACAACCACUGCAGAAAGACAAACGUAUCUGUUGAAUAACUAUUACUUUAAAUGUGAAUGCAGUUUAUGUGUAGAUACCGACCGUGAAAAAAAGAUUACAUCACUCAUUUGUUGUUCAUCUGACUGUUUAAGUGAACCACUACAAUUUGACAAACUACCUUCUUCCGUUAAAUUGAAGGAAUAUAACAAUGAUAAACUACCAAAGCCCAUUAUAGUCCGUUACUGUUUUGUAUGCCUCCGAGUCUACGAUGAUAAGCUAAUAAAUCAAAUUGCAGAUAAUCUGUAUGGCAAAACUGAAGUACAUUCAGAUGUUGAUACUGCUCUAGAUGCGCUAAUCAUGUACUUACGCUGUUGUCAAAUUGAUGAACCUAUACAAAAUAUCCAAUUGAAAUCAGUUAAGGAUAUACAACUUGAAGAAUCUUGUUCUUAUUAUAAAUUAUUUGGCCAUAAAGACAGUUUAUACUUAGCACGAUGUUGUUCUCGUGUUCGAUUUAUACAUGCAAUACCAUUGAAUUCAUUACUGGAUAAUUUGAAUGGUCGUCAUCAAUAUAAUAAAACGAAUUUCAAAGUUUUUAAAGAUUCCCUCGUAAAUAUUGUUAUUGCUAGCAGUUUGAGUGAAUUCUACUGGAGAACAACUUGGUUAUUGUCAGAUCGUUUACAACUUGGUCGUCUGGUUUAUUCAGUCACCUCUUUCCUAUUAUCCCAUAUAAGUGAUACUGAUGAAUUUCACAACUGUAACCGAAUGGAUAAAGUUAAAAAUUAUCUGAUACAUCCACACAGUGCAUACAAUAAUUUAGAUUGUCUAGGUCGUGUUUUAUGUAAAUUUUCAAGAAUAGCAUAUGAUAUAUUAAGUCCACUAGCUGCUUAUAAUCCUGAUUGGCAAAAAUGUAUGAGCAUAAUUGAGUAUUAUAAAGCUCAAGAUAUUGAAGAUAUUAAUAUAAUGAAUAAUCACCUGAAAUUAAUGUGA